UGCAAAUCAUCAAGUCAAAAAGGAAGCCUGCCAACUCAGUCGGAGUUAGUGGGCAGUGUCAUGAGUGGCAUGCCACAUCCAUAGCGAUUUUCAUCUGACUUCUAUAUCCCCGUUCAGCGCACGCAUGCCGCAUCCACAACCGCUCCCACUCCCUGGGGAGUGGACAGAUCCUGACGCAUACGUUGACGCCCUUCUGUCCUUCACGACCUCGUCUGAGCUAUUCAUCCAUGUGUGCGGGGGUGUACAUAUACUGGACUUUCUGACUCGCGAACCCGAUUUGUACGAUUCACUUCUGCCACUGCAUUGGCGAACAUUCUUCGAGAAGCACGACAUUCAAGAUAUACUAGACCUAUUGCUGAGAGAAGAUAUACCGCCGCUGUUGCAGCAGAGUCGCGAGUUCUCUGAAAGCGAUCCGAGUCGAGAUGCAGAGGCUAGUUGGAGAGGGCAGCCCCUCCCUCCAAUCGACCUCCUGGAAUACGUUCAUCAGAUCCGUCGUCUCAGCCUGGGGAGAGAUUUCACAUCAAGGGAGUCUGGCAAGGUGUCGCUGCCUCACCAUCUCGCGGUGGGAAUGAAUCAGAAAAAGUAUCACGAGGUUGCGCACUUUUCCAAAUAUGUUAAUGAUCUAUGUGACACCGUUGCGGAAGAACGGGGCGAGCCUAUAUCGCACAUUGUCGACUUCGGAUCAGGCCAGAACUACCUUGGACGGACACUGGCAAGCCCUCCUUACAACAGGCAUAUAAUUGCAAUCGAACGCAAACAUCAGUUUAUCAGCGGCGCAAAGGGUAUGGAUAUUCAUGCAAAACUGGCGAGGAAGCAGAAGAGAAUCGUUUACAAGACCAAUGGCAGGAGGAACCGCAAGGGCUUGGAGGAUGAUCAAGAUACGACGCCGUCCACUCCUGAGGUGGAGGUAGUUGAAAACGUACCUAAUGAUGCUUCCGCCGAGCCUGGCGCUGGUGACGGUGGAGAUAGCACGGUUUUCAACGUUUUGCUGGACAUUGAUAUCCAACCGGACGAGUGGGGAACUAGCCCUUACAAGAAUGGGCCCCCCAAGAAAUUUGUGGGCAAGAAAGAAGAUGAACUUGUGCUCAAAGGAGCCAUGGAUUACAUUGAGCACGAGAUCAAAGACGGAUACCUGGAGCCUAUAAUCAAGGAUGUGGUCAAAUCUCGACCUUUGGAGACCGGAGGCUCCCAAGGCGCCGUGGUUGACCGAAACUCAAGGUCCGAGAGAAAGGCAGAGGACCCUAACGUCAUGGUCAUUUCCCUUCAUUCAUGUGGCAACCUUCUUCAUCAUGGUGUCAGAUCUUUAGUUCUCAACCCGUCUGUCAAAGCUAUCGCAAUGAUCGGAUGCUGCUAUAACUUGAUGACCGAGAGGCUUGGGCCGGCCACAUACAAGCUCCCCAUCCUCCGCACUCAACAUCCCCGCUUGACUCAGGAUGCCUGUGCGUAUGACCCCCAUGGGUUUCCCAUGUCGAAACGACUGGAGUCAUAUGAACAUGUCAGUGGGACUGGCGUGAAAUUGAAUAUCACCGCACGUUCGAUGUCUCUACAAGCACCCUACAACUGGGGCAGAGAAGAUAGCGAAGCCUUCUUCACGCGGCACUUUUACCGAGCCCUUCUCCAGCGCAUUUUUGUCGACCGUGGCGUGGUUGAGAAACCUGUUAACCCCACGGAUCUCUAUGGAUUGGAGACUGGCGGUCCUGUUGCGGUAGGAAAUCCUUUGAUUGUCGGUUCCUUGCGAAAGGCCGCCUUUACGUCGUUUUCUGCAUACGUUCAUGCCGCAGUGGCAAAGCUGAGCAAGGACCCGCACAAUGGAGAGAAGGUCAAGGCAAGGAUGGCUGGCAUUACAGAGGAAGAAGUGAAGCACUACGAAGCGGAAUAUUGGCCCCGAAAGAAGCAUCUUAGUGUCACUUGGGCUCUGAUGGCUUUCAGUUCAGCACUCGUCGAGGCCCUCAUCGUUGUGGACAGGUGGCAGUUCCUGCGUGAGCAUGACUCUGUCAAGGAUUGCUGGGUUGAGCCGGUUUUCGAGUACAGCGAAAGCCCUAGGAAUCUCGCCGUGAUCGGAAUCAAGAAAUGAUUCCUUGACCUGUUCUUUGGCAGAAGUCAUGAUGCAUACACGCUUUGACGAUUCGCCGCGAGGCAAUGUGACGACUUGAAACCCGUCUAGCAUGGCAGCGGCCGCUUUGCCAUUCAUGAGGCAUAUUUGGAGUUAUACUCGAACUUGGACCUCAAGACGGCACAUCGCGAUGCGGAGGCCGAAUGCGCGUACAAUACCGUGCAGCGACAUAAAAAUAGACCCUGUACUUUCUGCGAGCCCAGCAGAGCGACGGCCAGCUAGGUGUCACCAGAGUUUUACUUCAUCAUUUAUGUGGAAGAAGGAUAGAGUUACGAUUGAUGACUGUAUAGACAUAGAGUGCGAUAUAGUUCCUUUGAGACUUUAUACCAAUGCAUUAACGAGG